AUAUUUUUCAUGAGAUCUUCAUUAAUAUUGGUCAGAAUGUUCACCUUGAUGAUAUCUAGGUCAGGUUCGAAACUGGGUCACGUGGGGUCAAAAACUAGGUCAGUAGGUCAAAAAAUAGAAAAACCUUGUGACCUCUCUAGAGGCCAUAUUUCUCAAUGGAUCUUCAUGAAAAUUGUUGAGAAUGUUCAGUUUGAUGAUAUCUAGGUCAGGUUCGUAACUGGGUCAUGUGCGGUCAAAAACUAGGUCAGUAGAUCGAAAAAUAGAAAAACCUUGUGACCUCUCUAGAGGCCAUAUUUUUUACAAGAUCUUCAUGAAAAUUUGUGAGAAUGUGCAUCUUGAUGAUAUCUAGGUCAAGUUUAAAAGUGGGUCACUUGCCUUCAAAAACUAGGUCAUUAGGUCAAAUAAUAGAAAAACCUUGUGACCUCUCUAGAGGCCAUAUUUUUCAAUGGAUUUUCAUGAAAAUUGGUCAGAAUUUUUUAUCUUGAUGAUAUCUAGGUCACGUGCUCAAAAACUAGGUCACUAUGUCAAAUAAUAGAAAUAACGACGUCAUACUCAGUUCAACACUGAGUCAUGUGGGGAUAGGUGAGCGAUUCAGGACCAUCUUGGUCCUCUUGUUCAUAAAGAGAUGCAAUAGUUCUAGCUGUCAGAAUUUUACAUGAUGACGUUUCAUACUGUUUUAAGUAGAGAGUAUUUUUAUGCCCCCGGCAUCUACUGAUGCGGGAGGCAUAUAGUGAUUGUCCUGUCCGUCCGUUUGUCCGUUCAUUCGUCCGUCUGUACUAGGUUAACCAAAUGGGACCGUUUCGUCUAGCAUCAAUACCCCUAACUAGAAUGACUUGAUACUAAUGCAGAUGUAACCUGUGACCAUUCCUCAUCUUCAGACAUCACCUGACCUCAGUUUGACCUUGACCUUGAACUUGACCUUGUUUUGGACUUAGGUUGCUUUGUAUCGUCAAGGAUGCCACCGGGGGCAUCAAGCGUUUAUUGAACGCAGCUCCUUGUUUCAUUUUGGGUUGCAUUAGCUUUAGAUGUCAUUUCUUAGCUGAGUCUAAUAAGAAGGCAACAUUCCAUUUUAGGAUGCAAUCUGAGUCUUAGCUGCAGACAUGUUGAUGUCAUUAAUUUUUAAGGCAAACUUUCAUUUUUGAGGUUGUCUCCUUAAUUUUCAUAACUCUAGCUAGAAAGCAAUGUUCCAUAUUUGGGGUGCAAAAGGUUAAGCAGCAAACACAGCAGGGGUGUGGAAAUCCCAAUAUUUUUCACUUGUCCAGGGACAAGUCAGACUUAAAAAUCCACUUGUCCUCAGUCAAAAUUCACUAGUCUGGAUCUGAGUUAAGUUGCAUGAAAAUGCGUCGUCAGAUAUUGACAUUAUAUAUGGUCGUUACAUUUGACACUUUGCAUGUAGUUGUAGGCGGUUGUAAUUUUGUAAGAUUGUAGUUUGAUCAGGAUGAAUCCAUCAAGUGGAAUAGUUUUUGCCAUUUAGAAUUUUUACAAGGGCAGUUACAUAAAAUUGUGUUGUAAGUGGAUGUUUGAACCAUCUUUGGAAGGCGUAAGAAAUAGGUUAAAUAAUGCAGAUGAUGGUUAAAGAAGAAUAUUGUAGUGUUCAUUUUAAUAAGUCCUCAUUUGAAUAGUUUUAAGUAGUAUCUGUAGGAAGUCAGUUUCAAAUUUCACAAUAAUUAUUGUGCGGGGUAAAUCGUGGCUGCUGUUUUCCAGAUUUUUCUUUACCUGUAUAUAUAAUAUUAACUUAGAUAUUGUGUCAGUGAUGAAACUUGGAAAAAUUUGCAAAUGCUGUCAUAGUUACGGAAGUAAUCGAAAGCAGUUCUUGGAGAAAAGAAAAAAAAUUAUUAUAUCUGUGCGAUCAAAUUAAUUGCUUAUGCAAGAUGAAGUGGUGAGCGGAGAGGGCUGUUAAGAGAAACAUGGUAUUUCAAUAACUCCGAGACAGGCAAAUCUAUCUUCAGCAGAUACAUCUCUUUACUUCUUUGUUUGAAAAGAAAGAUUUAAAAGCUUAUUACACAUAGGUGUGGCUCUCGAUCUUUAUGGAUGUUUAUUUUCUAAUAUUUUAUUACGGGUUAUCUAAAUAAGGCAAAUGCAUUAACCUGUUGGAAUUUGACGACAACUGUGAUAUAAAAGCCACCGAUUAUAGUACUAGAAAGUGUGGAAAUAACACCAGUUUAAUGUACAGAAAUCGGCAUGCAAACAUAGAAAAAUGCGUCAAAAGGGGAAACUCGAUAUAGACGCUCUGAAUUCUUUAAAAUGUAAAAAAUUAAAUUUACACUUUGUUCGGUUUAACUAUUGACAGCUUUAACUAAAUUUCCCAUAUUACAUUGUAAAGGAACAAAUGUAUAAAGGAUGUUUGAAUUUGUUUUAUCUUCAUAUCAUUAAAAUUGCGUUGUAAAGUAUUAGUUGGAUUAAUAAUGUGCUAAUUUGGAAUGUAAACAAAUAUGGAUGAGAAAGCAAUGGAGCAAAUAGAGGAGGAAAUGGUGCAUAAAGGCUUAGGUAAUAACAAUCAAGGUAAACCUUUUGAUGAUUCGAUCAAUACUUAUAGCCCACAACAAUAUAAUAUUAACAAUGCAUACAUUACACACGACCUGUGUAUCGAAGGUGUCAGUGAGCUAAAUAUAGAGGAUCAGAAAAAUCAGUGUAAUCCGCCAGAUCUGCACCUGUUGGAACAGAAUGAUUGUGAAGUAGAUAGGCUGGAGGAUGAAUAUGGUGUUGAUGAAAAAGAUGUUCAUUUCAGUGAAGGAAAUACCAUUUCAGGUGUAAAUAUGUCAAAUGUGGACUGUGAUCGUGAUAAGCAUUUAGGUAUAAAUCCGGCUGGUCAGCAAAGAGAGGUUGUUGGAAUAGUUGCGGACAAAAGCAUUGAUAAACAUAUGGCAGGAAUAGAAGAACAUUCACAAAAAAAUGGUGGUCAAGAGAAUGAAGUGUUUGAGAAAGAACAAGAAGGAUUUUACCUUGAAGAAACGACAAUAUGUAAUUCUAGUGAUUCUGAAGUAAAAGCAGCGAAAGCCAGGAAAAUAGAUAUUGAUUCUAACGCCGGAUCAGGAAUGUUCGAACUUCCACAGAAGAUACCGUAUUCCAGAGAUAUUCAGUUGAAUGAUGCUCUAAGACGUCAUUUUAGUUCGGGCUCGGAUAUUAGUAGCAUGUCUGAUACAUCGGGUAUUGAAGACGAGGGCUUGAUUGUUGGACAAUCACAGGAACCGUGCGAGUGUGAUGAGUGUUUGCUUGACGCCGACCCAGAUACCCAACCGAAACCACCUCCGCCAUUUAAAAAGCAGAGCUCAUGGAAAAAGAUACGCAAUAUAGUGCACUGGUCUCCGUUCAUCCAACAGUUCAAGAGACGAAAGUAUCCAUGGAUACAGCUUGCAGGACAUCAAGGAAACUUCCAGGCGGGUGAUCCCGGAGCAAUUCUGAAGAAAUUUGACAAGAAAGAGCAUCGCUCCUUCAAUAUACUGAUGAAAGAUGUUCUUAGAUCCUUCGUGCCAGAGUAUAGAGGAGAAGUGGAGAAAGACGGAGAAUGUUACGUACAACAGCAAGACUUACUGUGUGAAUUUGAGGCUCCGUGUGUGAUGGACAUCAAAAUGGGCUGUCGGACAUACCUAGAGGAAGAACUAUCGAAAGCACGGGAAAAACCUACAUUGAGAAAGGACAUGUACCAGAAGAUGGUUGAUGUUGAUCCAAGUGCGCCGACAGCCGAAGAACACAACCAAAAAGGAAUAACGAAACCACGAUACAUGCAGUGGCGAGAUGAUAUGAGCUCAACAACUGAACUAGGUUUCAGAAUUGAGGGUAUUAGGAAGAGUGAUGGUGCUCAGGUGAAGAAUUUUAAAACAACCAAAAACAAAGCGAGUGUUAAACAGUGCCUUAAGCAGUUUGUAGAAGAAAAUCCAAUCAUUAUUAAUAAGUACCUGAAAAGAUUAAAAGCUAUCAAGGCCACGCAAGAAGUCUCACCAUUCUUUAACUCACAUGAGAUAAUUGGCAGCUCUCUGUUAUUUGUUCAUGAUAAAACUGGACAAGCAAAAAUAUGGAUGAUAGACUUUGGUAAGACCGUUCCCCUUCCAGAAUCAGUGAAAUGUACCCAUAGAGAUCGCUGGGUAGAGGGGAACCAUGAAGAUGGCUACUUGAUUGGAAUUGAAAGUCUCAUCGUUAUAUUUGAAGAACUAAAUUCUGAAUACAAAUGCUCUGGUUCAGACACGGAACUUGUAGCGGAAACGGAAAACACAAAAAGUGACAGUAUAACAGUGGUAACUGAUACGAGACAUACCUCAGUAGAAAAUAAGGACAUCCAGCUUGAAGAGGCGUCAAAAAAUAGCGGCAAGAACGAAUCUACAGUAUAACUCUUCGUAUUAUAGGUGCUUCAGUUUCGGAGUCGUAUUUUUGUAGGAAGUAUUAUCUUUUCAAAUAGAUAAAAUUGUGAUUUCUGUAUAAACAUAUUUGUUUUUUAGAAGCAAAUCAUGUCAAAACUAAAUUUUGUUCUUGGUUCUGAGAAAUUUCUAUUAGUCUAAAAUAGUAUAUGACACAUGUUACCUCCCUUCAUAACUGAAAGGCUUGUAUUACAAGAUUUACUUCCCUUUUUGACACAUUGGCAAUAUUUGAAAAGAAUUACUUCUUUUUAUGACUGCCAUUCCAGAUUUCUUUCAACUCCUGAAAGCUUAUAGGGGUACUUACCCACCAGAAAUAUAUGCCUAAGUAAUCUCAAACCAAUAUCCACAAAAAUAUUUUUUUUAUAUAUAAAUUACAUCAUAAUUAUUUUGAUUUUUCAUCUGUUUCGAUUAAACAUUACUUUGAAAUUACUGCUAGUCCAAUUUAAAUAGCAUUUCCAUUAAAUUUUUGUAUUAUUUUGUAUUUUACUAUAUUUGAUAAGGUGUGCGAAAUUGAUAACAGCUGACAUUAAUGUAUAGAUGUUCUCAUCUUGUGUGUUUUGUUAUGCAGUGUUAACAUAGAUUAGACAGUUAACAUUUAAUAAGUGGUCACAAGUCAUAAAUCCAUAUUUAGAUUGAUGCUAUUAAGGUAAUGGACCCGCAGUGACAAUCAGCAAUUUCCAUACAAUUAUGUAUUUUCAGUACAUGAUUUCGGCAUCAUUCCGCCAUAACAGAAAAUUCUUUUUUCAUAAUGAACAGAGAAUGUUGAAACUGCUUAACCUGUAGCCUGCUGGUGGCGAGUGAUUAUGCUAUUGCGAACAAUGCAGACCAUGCAGGCUAAUCUGUACAUCCAUGCAGGCUAAUCUGUAUGUCUGUGCAGGCUAAUCUGUACAGCUGUACAGGCUAAUCUGUACAUUUGUGCAAGCUCAUCAUGGUCUGCACUGUUCGCUAUUCAGUCAGUAAAUUUUCAGUGAGCAUCCCUUUGAAUAAUAAAUGGUAUUGCCCAAAUUGAAUGAUGGACCAGUCCAUUUUAGAAAUUCAGCAGAGUAAGGGUUAAGGAGAAUAUGUAAUCGAGCAGAAAAUGCCAGUUGUCUUUAUGGGUCCAUUACCUUAAAGCUUUAGUGAGAAUCAAGACAUAAAAUUGAGUGAAAUUUAUCUGCUGACACAAAAUGUAGAAAUGCUAUACCCCUUCUGCGUUCUUUUAUUUCUGAAAUAGCUAUAGCAUCUAGGGAAAGUAUAAAAAUUAUGCUAAAUACCUGCUGUCUUUUAAAAAAAACUGACUCCAAAUUGAAAUUUAGUGCAAAACUAGUUUUCAUGUGGUACCAGUAUGACUUACGUCAUGUUUUGAGGAAUUUGUCUCAUAUUUUUCAGUUUGCAAUAAAUUUCUACAUGUACAUAUGCCAUUACAUGUUUAUGUACUUACUUAUGUCAUUUCAUGGUAAUAAACUUACAUAUACAGACUAAUGGAAAUGUAUUUACAUGUACAUAGGCCAUUUUACGAUAACAUACAAUUGUGAACAUGUCAUUUUAUGGUUACAUAUGCCACUUGUAGGUUGCAUAUGCCUUUAAUGUUGGCAUAACUGCAUAUGUCAAAUUAAUGUAACGCAACAACAUACGCCUUCAUAUGGUAGCGCAUUUUUAUCAGUCCUAUAAAUCUACAGUUUCCAAAGGUGAUACAAAAAAAGUAGACAAUAAAAACAGAGAUAUGCUUCAUUUGGAUAUAUGUAUUUAUAAAAUUGCAGUGUUUGUUAACAUUAUAGAAUUGACAUGUUUGGUAUUUAUUUAAUUUUAUGUUUGAAGCCACAGAUGCAUUUUGCAUUUGUAUUGAAACUGUUAUUUUGACUUCCUAGGAAAGGGAAGCAUUCAUAUGUGUUGUGAUAUAUGUUACAUUUAUUAAUGCUACAUGUACAUUAAUAUAUUUAUUCUAAUAAAAUCCUGCUUGAAAAAAAAAGGGAAACAUUUAAGAGAAAAUCGAUAACAUAUAGCAGAAGAACACAUUGCAAAACCAUAUUUUGAAUGUAAAAGGAAGAAAUUCAGUUAAAUACUUUCAGCAGUACCUAAGUUAUAAUAAGAAUAUUUUUGGAAAUUUCAAGCUGUUAUGGGUGUUUAUUAGAAUAAAUGCUAUGUAUUAUUUGACAUUAAUUUUUUUCAAAAAAGCUUUGUAGAUAGCUGGAUUAAAAAUAUCAAUGCAAAAUGUUACACAAUAUUACUGUUUAUUUCAAAAUUUUGGAUUGGACAGGAUUCCAGAAUUCCAGAUUUAAGUUUAGAUACUGGUAAAAGUUAUACAUCAUUCUUAAUGUUCUUUUGGAGAGGCUGUAAGAACUAUUUGAGUUCUAAGAUAUUAUAAAUAAUACCAGUUUUAUGGCCAAAAAAAAAGGAAUUUUUUCCUGGCCUAUGAAAUUUUUGGAAACAUUAUAGAACCUUUUAUAUAAUUUUUUUUAUGCUUACUAUGAUACCCUGAAACAUAAUAGUUCAUCAACAAAAUGUCGUAAUUGAAAUGUUAAAAAGACUGAAACUUUGAGUGAAAAUACCCUACUAAAACAAAAUUUCAAAACUUAUCUAGGUAAUUUGAAACUUUAAAAGGUUUGAAGUUUGUUAGAUUAAAGUAGAAUAUGAAUGGUAUUGUUCAAUACUUAACCUUUAGCCUGCUGUCGGAAAGUGAUUCUGCCUUUGCGACCAGUGCAGACCAAGAUCAGCCUGCACAUUUGUGCAGGCUGAUCUUGGUCUACACUGUUCGCUGUUCAGUCAGUAAAUUUUUAGUGAACACCCCUUCAAAUAAUAAAUGGUAUUGCCAACAUUGAGUGAUAGACCAGUCCGUUUUAGAAAUCAAGGGAAAACCUUGUUACAGAAAAGGUGGAUCAGACAAUAGACUGAAUUUGUAUAUCAGUAUACUGCUGAAAUGUUAUAUUCAGGGGAAAGUUUAAUCAAAACCUAUGACAUUCAAGCAAAUAGAAAAACAAGCUUUUUAGUUUAUAUUGCAAACAUUGAUGGAUUUAUUUCCAUUAGGUUCAUACAUUUAAACAUGGAAAAAUACACAUGUAAUGAUGUUUAGUCAUUUGACAUUCAUAAAUCAUCUAGAAUCUCAAUUAAUGCAAAUUUGAAUUUUAAAUGAAAUAUAUUCUCAAAAUAAAGAAUUCUAAUUAGAUACCCACUUUGCCAUAAAUUCAGAUGCUCCCAAAACAGUUUUUAGAGGCGUCUUCAGACAUGUAAAAUGUUUGAUUCUGCAAAAACUGAACAGUUGAAAAGAGUAUAUGAACUGACUAUUAGUUAAAUACUUGCUUAUUUUAGGAUUACUAAUUUACUACCUUGUUUAAAUAUGCAUACAAGCUUGCUGUUUAGUCCUUGCAUGAAACAAGUUCAUAAUUAUUGUGAUAUAAUUGUUUGAAUAAGCAUAUAAGCUUGCUUUUUAGUCCUUCUGCUUUACAUUGAAAUGUAAAUCAGUUUUUGAAUAAGCAUAUAAACUUGCUUUUUAGUCCUUUCGUUUCACAUUGUAAUGUAAAUUAGUUUUUUAAUAAGCAUAUAAGCUUGCUUUUUAGUCCUUCCACGCUUUCAUUUCACAUUGUAAUGUAAAUCAGUUUUUGAAAAAAGCAUACAAGCUUGUUUUUUCAGUCCUUGUAUGCUUUCAUUUCACAUUGUAAUGUAAAUUAGUAUUUGAAUACACAUAUAAGCUUGCUUUUUAGUCCUUCCACACUUUCAUUUCACAUUGUAAUGUAAAUCAGUUUUUGAAAAAAGCAUACAAGCUUGUUUUUUUCAGUCCUUGUAUGCUUUCAUUUCACAUUGUAAUGUAAAUUAGUAUUUGAAUAAACAUAAAAGCUUGCUUUUUAGUCCUUCCACACUUUCAUUUCACAUUGUAAUGUAAAUCAGUUUUUGAGUAAGCAUAAAUAUGCUUGCCUUUCCAGUCCUUGUAUGAAGCUUUCAUUUCACAUUGGUUUUGUAAAUCAGUUUUUGAAUAAGCUUUUAAGCUUGCUUUUUCAGUCCUUGUAACUAUGAAGCUUUCAUUUCACAUUGUAAUGUAAAUCAGGUUUUGAACUAAAAGAAACGUUGACAUGUUGCUUUUUCAAGUAUAUACCUCCAAAUUUGGCAGCCAUUUCAUUGGGACCAUGAUUUAAUAUUACGAAAGGGCAAAAUAUUCAUCAUCUAUAUCAACUAGUUCAUUCAGAAUUGCUGUUAAAAUCAUUCCAGACGUAAGCCUUGGUUUUACAAAGAUUAACUGCUGUUUUAUCAUCUACCUAAAUUUUACUCAUUUUUUCUCUCCAACCUUGUACAAUUUGUCUAAUGAAAUGUGCAUGUCUGCAUUUUCAAAUUUUGUAUUGUUUUGAUAUACCAAUUUGUUUACUCUUGGCUAUUCAAAAGGUCCAUGUAUCUUUGUAUGUUAUGCUGAUGAUUAUCUUUGUUAUACCAUAAUGCAUUUCUUGUAAAUGUUAUGUAUAUUUUGAUUGCUAUUUUAUUGUUAAUAUAUAAAAAAUUACCAAAAAUAAAUUUUCGAUUAAUAUUCA